GGGAGCUCAUGACCUAUUCCCACGACAACACCAUAUGCGGGAUCACCUCUGUCUCGUCCUCCUCGCUGGUUUUUCAGAAUUUUCUCCCUGUGUUACUCAGAAGAUUAUGUUUCUCAUGAAGCCUUCUGUGUGCAUCUUUCUUUUCACCUGUGUCUUCCAACUCAGCCACCCCUGGUCAGUGAACAAUUUCCUGAUGACUGGUCCAAAGGCUUACCUGAUCUACUCCAGCAGUGUGGCAGCUGGUGCACAGAGUGGAAUCGAAGAAUGCAAGUAUCAGUUUGCCUGGGACCGCUGGAACUGCCCCGAGAGAGCUCUGCAGCUGUCCAGCCAUGGUGGACUUCGCAGUGCUAACCGGGAGACAGCGUUUGUACACGCCAUCAGCUCUGCAGGCGUCAUGUAUACUCUGACAAGAAACUGCAGCCUCGGAGACUUUGACAACUGUGGCUGUGAUGACUCCCGGAAUGGGCAACUGGGGGGCCAAGGCUGGCUGUGGGGAGGCUGCAGUGACAACGUGGGCUUCGGAGAGGCGAUCUCCAAACAGUUUGUCGAUGCCCUGGAGACUGGGCAGGACGCCCGGGCAGCCAUGAAUCUGCACAACAACGAGGCGGGCCGCAAGCCGGGCCGAGAGGCCGCGCGGAAGCGCUGCGCCCGGGCUGGGGCCGAAGCCCUGAAGGGCCCCCUCCUGCCUCCUUUCCCGUUGGUUCCGGGCUUCUCGAGAUACCAGCCUCACAAGAGCCCUGCUUCCCUGACAGCCUGCACAUUUAGCCGAUUUGACGGAGGUCAAUCCGGCGAGGAGCAGAAAACCGCGCACAUCCUCUCGCACUGA